CAGCCUGACUCAGAAUGUAUCAUCCAUCGUCACAACAUAGUAUGAGAAAGAAGAAGAUACUUUCGACUCUUCUGGUUAAGCCUCAAAAGACUGUAAACUAUUCUUUUACUUUACUAGUUCUAUUCUUUUUACAGCUAGUUUCCGAUUUGUCAGUGCAGAUAUAUGGAACCAACCUUGUAACUUUGGGAUAUUCUCAUAGGAAAGGUUUUGCCUUCCUGACUUACCUCAGUCCCUUUCUUAUUGUUGUGGCUCCCUUUCGUACAAAGUUACUUCAUCUUAGAGCACCAGCCAUAGCUCUUUUUGCUGGUUUGGCAUUGUGUAGCUUUCGAGCAGCAGCGUCCUUUUUAAAUGAAGAGAGUGGAAGGUUCUUAUUUGAUACACUAGGAAUAUUGUCUUUUUGGCUUUAUUUACCUUGUCGAAUGGCAGCUUCGACGAUGCCUUGGACCACUUUCAAGAUGAAAAGACAUCCAAGACUCUGUUGUUCGCGAGCUUUGAGUAUUGCGUUGGUCGUAAUUAUAACUUUUCGUACCAUAGGAGGCACUCUCGAUGGCAGCAUAGUACCUCCUUCUUCCCACAAUAGUAACUUGGAAAGGAUUUUUGCAGCUGUGUUGGCAGGAGCUGGAGUCAUCUUGUUGUUUCUGGAUUACCUGUUUGGUGAUCGUAGUCGAAAAAGGAAGCAAGGAAGAUUAGAGACAAAUUCACGUGUUUUGGAAGAGUUUUCGAGUGAUGCACAACAGCCGACCCUUGGACAGAACUUGUCACCUUCUUCUCCACAACAUCCACUGGAAGUGGCUAAUUUUGGUGUAGAACAGAGAUGGGACUUGGAACCACCAGAACACGAGGGAAUGGGAGAACAACAAAUAAGUCUCGGAACUAACCAAUCUAGCGAAGAGGCCACAGCGCGCAAACUGUGGAGUUGGAAAAGAGUUAGGAAGACACUAAGCCGCUGGACGUUAUCUAGUUGGUAUGGAAUUGCAAUAUCCUGUUCACUUCUCUUUGCCGUUCAAGUUUUUGAUUCACCAGCCAUUAUAACACGUUUCCUUGAUGUCCACAAUGACCCUCGUUUUUAUGCAUUUGUGACUUGUAUGAUGUUUAUUAUGUUUAGUAUCUUUGCCAUCUUGUCUUACGUAUUUCGACUUGUCUUCGUGUUGAAACAUCCCCGUGUCUUCUUUUCUGGUUGUUUAGUUGUUGCUUCAUUGUUUCUCUGCAGCUGGUUCUUUAUUCUCUUCCCUUCACUAAGUUAUUAUGCUGACAACUCCGUACAACGAGAGUUUCAUAUUAUGCAACUUUUCUUUGCUGUUUUCAUGUUUGUAUUGGCUCCCGUGUUUUUUGCAAGUAUUAGUCUCUCCGAAUAUCUACUUUAUUAUCUGCAGCCAUCCAUUCGUAGUCUUGCACUGGGAUUCACGAUCGCAAAUUCAGUUACUCUUGUAUUUCUUUCUAAUAGUGGUGUUUUUAUUGUAACGAGCUUGUUUGAGAAAAGCUCUCUUUGGAGAUAUUAUCUAUUUUUGUUGUCAUUAUCUCUAAGUCCUUUGCUUGUGCGAAGUAUCCAGUGCCUCUUUUAUCCUAAAUGGAUUUGUUCUCGUCUUCGCACUUUGCGAUCCGAAUCGAAGGAGCUUUUGCUAACCAGUGUUUUGUUAUUUGUCCUUUUAUUAUUGAAUGUUAUUUUCCUAUUGCAUAUGGGAAAUGUAGAUUCUAAUUUAAGGGAGUCACAAGACCCUGAAAUUGUUUCCUUAGAGGCAAGUGGGUUGAAUCCACCGUUACGUGUCAUGACGUAUAAUAUACAAAUGGGAUUUGAUCGAAGAGGGGAAAUGAAUUGGGAAGGACUACUGGAUAUCAUUCGGACAGAAGAUCCAGAUAUUUUGGGACUGCAAGAAACUGCCACUUAUGAUUUGACAAAAGGAAAUGCAGAUAUUGUGGAUUGGCUUUCUUCUAGAACCAAUCUCAGUUACUAUUAUGCUGGUGCGAAGGCAAUAUUUUCCUCAGUUGCAGGAUUGGCGUUGUUAUCGAAAUAUCCAUUGGUUGGAUUACAAACGAAUUUUUUAGAUGGGGGUGGUCCAUAUGAUGUGUUUAUUCAGGGUGAAAUAUUGUUAUCGAAUGGGAAAAGCGUGAAGUUGUAUGUGCUGCAUACUUGCUGUACACAUGAAGAAAUUGCACAUCAACUGGAACAAAUCACUAAUCAGGUGCGCGAACAAUUGACAAGUCAACAACUGCGAAUCAUAAUGGGAGACUUUAACAUGAUGACAAAUGACACCGGGUUGGUCUCUAUGAGACGUAUAGGGUUCCAUGACUCCUUUUUUGAUAUAUUCAAUGAAAAUGAGAUGUCGUUGCUUUCAACCAAUUUAGAAAUGGACAAACGCAUCGACAUGAUUUGGCUGGAUAGCACAUUGAAGGCAAAAUCUGCCCAUAUUGUGGGUUUCUCCGACUGUACAAUUUGUAGAGAAGAUACUUGUCAACCACUACAUACAAACUUUAGACAAUCUCCUUGUUUGGAUUGCAUAACAUGUAGUGUAAGUGACCACCUGCCGGUAAUUGUGGAAAUUCAAUAAUAAUAAAUGUAUUAUUUUCUUU